GCGCCGCCUCCCGGGAAGAUGGCGCUGCACUUUCAGAGUUUGGCUGAAUUGGAAGUAUUAUGUACUCAUCUCUACAUAGGGACUGAUCUUACACAAAGAAUAGAGGCUGAGAAAGCACUCCUGGAACUUAUUGACAGCCCAGAAUGUCUCAGCAAGUGUCAACUUUUAUUAGAACAAGGAACAACAUCCUAUGCUCAACUCCUUGCAGCAACAUGUCUUUCAAAACUUAUUAGCCGAGUCAGUCCUUUGCCGAUUGAACAAAGAAUAGAUAUCAGAAACUACAUUCUUAAUUAUGUGGCAUCACAACCCAAGCUGGCUCCCUUUGUCAUCCAAGCUCUAAUUCAAGUCAUUGCUAAAAUUACUAAAUUGGGGUGGUUUGAGGUUCAGAAAGACCAGUUUGUCUUCAGAGAAAUUAUUGCUGAUGUGAAGAAGUUUCUUCAGGGUACUGUGGAACACUGCAUAAUUGGAGUAAUAAUCCUCUCAGAAUUGACUCAGGAAAUGAACCUGGUCGAUUAUUCUAGACCUUCAGCAAAACACAGGAAAAUAGCUACCUCAUUUCGUGACACUUCUCUUAAAGACAUUUUAGUGCUAGCAUGCUCUCUUCUAAAAGAGGUGUUGGCCAAGCCUUUAAACCUUCAGGAUCAAGGUCAACAAAACCUAGUAAUGCAAGUCUUGAAACUGGUCCUCAACUGCCUUAACUUUGACUUCAUUGGCAGUUCAGCAGAUGAAUCUGCAGAUGAUCUUUGCACAGUACAGAUUCCAACAACUUGGAGAACAAUUUUCCUGGAACCAGAAACAUUGGAUCUUUUCUUUAAUUUGUAUCAUUCACUUCCACCACUCCUAUCUCAGUUAGCACUUUCAUGUUUAGUUCAGUUUGCUUCUACAAGAAGGUCCUUAUUUAGCAGUCCUGAACGUGCCAAGUACCUUGGUAAUUUAAUCAAGGGAGUAAAAAGGAUACUUGAAAACCCUCAGGGUUUGUCCAAUCCAGGUAAUUAUCAUGAAUUUUGUCGAUUUUUGGCUCGUUUAAAGACAAAUUACCAGCUGGGAGAAUUAGUUAUGGUGAAGGAGUAUCCUGAAGUUAUCAGAUUGAUUGCUAAUUUUACCAUUACUAGCCUACAGCAUUGGGAAUUUGCUCCCAACAGUGUUCAUUAUUUAUUAACUCUCUGGCAAAGGAUGGUAGCAUCAGUUCCUUUUGUGAAAUCAACUGAAUCCCACUUAUUAGACACUUAUGCACCAGAAAUCACGAAGGCCUUUAUCACUUCUCGGUUGGAAUCUGUUGCCAUAGUUGUGAGAGAUAAUUUAGAUGAUCCGCUGGAUGAUACCGCCACUGUGUUUCAGCAGUUGGAGCAGUUGUGCACUGUUAGCAGAUGUGAAUAUGAGAAGACAUGCACUCUUCUUGUACAGUUGUUUGAUCAAAAUGCACAGAAUUACCAAAAGCUUCUGCAUUCAGCUUCUGGAAUAACUGUGGACAUGGCAAUUCAGGAAGGACGUCUUGCCUGGCUGGUAUACUUGGUUGGGACAGUUGUUGGAGGAAGAUUAACAUAUACCAGUACAGAUGAACAUGAUGCUAUGGAUGGAGAAUUAUCCUGUCGAGUUUUUCAGCUUAUAUCUUUAAUGGAUACCGGAUUGCCUCAGUGUUCUAAUGAGAAAAUAGAACUUGCAAUUCUGUGGUUCUUGGAUCAGUUUCGUAAAACAUACGUUGGUGAUCAACUUCAACGAACCUCAAAGGUAUAUGCCCGUAUGUCAGAAGUCUUAGGAAUAACAGAUGACAACCAUGUUCUAGAAACAUUCAUGACGAAAAUUGUUACAAACCUUAAAUACUGGGGAAGAUGUGAGCCUGUCAUUUCAAGGACUCUUCAGUUCCUAAAUGACCUUUCUGUUGGCUAUAUCCUUUUAAAAAAACUUGUGAAGAUAGAUGCCGUGAAAUUCAUGUUAAAAAAUCACACGAGUGAACACUUCCCCUUUCUUGGCAUCAGUGACAGUUACAGUCUCAGUGACUUCAGGUGCCGAACAACCUUCUACACAGCCCUCACUCGUCUUCUGAUGGUAGAUCUAGGCGAAGAUGAGGACGAAUUUGAGAAUUUCAUGCUGCCUCUUACAGUCUCUUUUGAAACAGUGUUACAGAUAUUCAGUAACAACUUUAAACAAGAAGAUGUAAAGCGUAUGUUGAUCGGGCUGGCAAGAGAUCUUCGAGGGAUUGCCUUUGCACUGAACACAAAGACCAGCUACACCAUGCUGUUUGACUGGAUGUACCCAACAUAUAUUCCCAUUCUUCAGAGGGCUGUUGAGCAGUGGUAUGGAGAGCCAGCAUGUACAACUCCCAUCUUAAAACUUAUGGCAGAACUGAUGCAAAACAGAUCCCAGCGUUUGAACUUUGAUGUAUCAUCUCCUAAUGGAAUUCUUCUCUUCAGAGAAGCUAGUAAAAUGAUUUGCACUUAUGGUAAUCAGAUCCUGUCCCUUGGGAGCCUCUCAAAAGAUCAGAUUUAUCCAAUGAAACUCAAGGGCAUCUCCAUCUGCUAUUCAGCUCUCAAAUCUGCCUUGUGUGGAAAUUAUGUCAGCUUUGGCGUCUUCAAGUUGUAUGGGGACAACCAUUUUGACAAUGUACUCCAGGCUUUUGUCAAAAUGCUGCUGUCAGUGUCCCACAGUGACUUGCUACAAUAUCGGAAACUGAGCCAGUCUUAUUAUCCACUCCUGGAAUGUCUCACCCAGGACCACAUGAGCUUCGUCACCAACUUAGAGCCUCCUGUACUCCUGUAUGUUCUCACAUCUAUCUCAGAGGGACUCAGUACUCUUGAUACAGUUGUCUCCUCCAGCUGCUGUACCAGUUUAGACUACAUCGUCACCUACCUCUUCAAGCACAUAGCAAAAGAGGGCAGGAAGCCACUUCGAUGCAGAGAGGCUGCCCAGGCUGGUCAGAGACUAUUACAUUUUAUGCAGCAAAAUCCAGAGGUCCUGCAGCAGAUGAUGUCUGGCCUCAUGAAUACCAUUGUCUUUGAAGACUGUCGGAACCAGUGGUCAGUAUCCAGGCCUCUCCUGGGGCUCAUCCUGCUCAACGGGAAGUAUUUCAGUGAACUGAGGGCAAGUCUGAUAAACAGCCAACCUCUCCCCAAGCAGGAGGUCCUUGCCCAGUGCUUCAGGAACCUAAUGGAAGGAGUGGAGCAGAACCUGUCUGUCAAGAACAGAGACAGGUUCACCCAGAACCUCUCCGUUUUCAGAAGAGAUGUGGCAGAGGCCCUGCGCAGUGAUGGCAGCCCCGAACCGUGCAGUCUGGACAUGAUGAGCUGAUCCGACUUCUGACCAUGUGCCGAGCAACUUUUAUCAAGAGACUUGUGGGUCUGGAUCCCAGGACAGUGAUGUUGGCUAGCCCAGGGGAAUCUAUUUUUCAAAACAAACAAACAACAACAACAAAAGCCCUACCUUUUUAUAAGCCUGGCCUAAUUAUAAGAAUUUAUAAUAGCACACAAACAAUGUAA